GAUGGCCGACAGAUGCUACUCAGUCCACUGCCUGCCGGACCCCGCCAUGGAAGAGUUCCGCAAGCUGGUGCCCGUCCAUGGUACCCUUUUUAAUCGGGAUGCCCUUCUGGAGGUCAUCUAUCCCUGCCAACACUGUCCGGAUGAUGACCUGUCUCUGCGCUACUAUGCGCGGAUGCUGUUCCGCGAGAUCCAGCGAGACGUCGUGCUGCUGCCCAUGUUCCGGGAGUACAUGCAGCGCCCAGCGCAGCAUGUGAACGUGCCCGAAGCCUUUUAUCUGAUGAGCCUCUGGAUGGUUCCGGAGCAAACCAACAACCGAGAGUCCAAUCUUAAGGCCUGCUACAUGAAGGUCGCCGGCCUGGUUUUGGACGAGCUUCGUCGGAAGCUCCCGGAGCACCCGGCCGCCGCCUGGGAUACGUGCAAAAAGAACCCGUUCGGACCUCCGCUGUGGACGGACGACCAGACACUGAUGCUCCUGGACGUGCUGAACAUCGUGCUGUAUGACCAGCUUGCCCUGAUGAAGGAUGAAGAGCCGGCGUACGCACCGGCUGCCGAGCUGAACACACUGGUGCUCUACCUUCGUCGCCACCUCCACUGUGCCGGCUCCGGGACGCAGACUGUAAUGGGGACGGUCUACUCCUCGGUAGCUGGCAUGCUGGGUGUCAACCUCCACAAUGUGCAGUUCCCGCAUAGCUCGAUGAUCUGCUGGCACCGAACGGACAGUGAAGAGUACCUGUUCAUCGACGUUGUCCGUCGCGGCAUGCAGCUAUCCAGAGAGCAGGUGUUGGAGGAGUUGAAUGCUGUACAUCCGGACAUGGACCUUCAGAUGGUGGAACCCUUUCCCAGAGCAGGGUGCCAAUACGAUGUCCCUCUUUGUCUCACGUGA